AACACUGGCAGGACUUCCUCAACCCAGGCCCCCGGCUUGCUCUUGAUCUCUUGUGUCUACUCGCCCCCACCUUCCAGUCCUAUUCACUCCAUAUCUCUACAACACCCGUACCCUUUGGUUCACGGUAAUCUUCCUCCCUUCCCAUUCUCCCUUCUCGCAACAAAACUGGGAUCCUCUGUGUUACAAUAUAAAAAAGCAAAAAAUUUGUGGCUAGCUUGACAAGUACCCAGUAGGUACGAGUACACUGAGAAGCAGGAUUUCUGCUCCACGCACCUACAAACUCCUCGAAUCCUCCAGAUCUCGCGAGUAUUCCCCCCCCCCCCCUUCGGCCCCGCGGCCCUCGCAUGGUGUAGUGCCAUCACCCCACCCCUCGCACGAUACCAUUCAAUCUACCACUACCCCCGCUUUACGCAUUUUACAGAUUGCUGAUUCGAUGGUCGGACUGCCUUGCCCUUAGGUUAUUUUACUAUGGCUACUGUUGUGAACACCUCUUCCAUGUCAAGCGCCCAACGAUAUGCGCUACUCAGAACGCCCACGAGUUUUGGUCACCCGGUUCCCGGACCUCCCGCCGGUGCUGGUGGUGGAGGGGCAGAGUCGGGACCAGGAACCUUCGAGGUACUUGCCCCGCCAACCGAUGAUCAUGGACCCGUCUCCGAACCCCCCUCGUCAAAUACCACCCCUCCUCCUCCUGCGGCUCCGGCGGGGCCUAUACAAGGACCGGCCCCCCCGCAUAAGAAGACACCAAACGCCGGGCCAAAGCCGAAGAAGCCGUUGGAUCGAAUGGAGGUAAGAACACGAUUAUAUGUGGGAAGGACAAUUUCAGUCCUUCGGAAUCCCCUUAUGUCCAUACAGAGGAAUAGGGCUGACUGGGAUGGCUCUGUUUCCUUUGAGCGACGGCGUUCAGGUCAACAAUCUAUUGACCGCAAAAAUAUCACAAUUAGAGACUGAUGCAUCCUUGGAAGAAGAGGAGGAAAAGGCAAUCUGUGCGAUGACUUUCUUUCAUAACCAGGAGGUGAGGGGGUACAGACGCUGACUGCUAUCAGCCCGUGCUGUUCGUAGGGCAAAUAAGGAACUGGCGGAACUUGUGUCCUCUCGGGAAGACCAUCUAGCCAAGGUAGAUGCCAUCCAAAAUAAGUAUAGCGAACUCCUUUAUGAAAUGAAGCGCUUGGAACGGGACUACACCAAAUCGCGCAAACGUGCGGAUCAACUGCAAAAGGAGAAGGAUCACUCGAGGUCUGAGAUGCAGAAGGCGGUCUCCAUGAAACAUAAGCUUGAAACACUAUGUCGGGAACUUCAGAAAGAGAACAAACGUAUCAAGGUACGUACGAAAUGAACGUCCGGUUGGGCGCGAAAAGAAUUGGACCAACUAUUCUGAGAUUACUGAACUCCAGGAAACGCAGGACGAGAGUAAGAAACUUGCUCAGAAUGAACAGCAGAAACGUGAAGAACUUUCCAACAAAUUCGAGAAUACGAUUAUGGAAAUUAAAACCCGUAUGGAGGAAGAAAACGAUAGUGGCAGUCGUAAAGUUGACGCAGGGGUUGACGAAUUGUAUGCCAACACCCAUCCCCAAUCACCUUUUAUAUGCUUGUGCGAGGCACGGGCAACUGACAUUUCUACAUAAAGAUUCAAAGCAAAGUUUAGGAGCCUUGUCGAUCAAUAUGAGUUGCGUGAACUCCACUGCUAUUCUCUUAUCCGCACCAAGGAGCUAGAAGUUCAAUGGAACCUCGCCCGUUAUGAACAGCAGCGUAAGCAAGCUGAACAGGAAGCGCACCGUGCUAAGGCUCUACACGCUCAAGUUUCAACCUUUUCCCAAACAGAGACUGAAUUAAGAUCGCAGUUAAAUAUCUACGUUGAGAAGUUCAAGCAGGUGAGUCCUAUCAACCCAGCCAGACCCCUUCGAGAUCGAUCAGCCAGGUUGAAGGGGUAGAUAGCUGACUAGGUCUUCGUCUUUCAAUAUUUAAUUGGAUCUGCAGGUUGAAGAUACCUUGAAUAAUUCCAAUGACCUAUUCCUUACUUUCCGCAAAGAAAUGGAAGAAAUGUCCAAAAAGACUAAGCGUCUCGAAAAGGAAAAUCUAACCCUCUCUCGCAAGAGCGAGACAACGAACCGAAACCUCCUCAAAAUGGCCGAGGAGCGCACAAAACACCAAAAGGAACUCGAAAUACUCAGGAAAAAGAACUCCAAACUCGAGAACCUCUGCCGGGCCCUCCAGGCCGAGCGCACUACCCUUGAUACUAAACUUCGCGAUCGGGAAGGUGGCGGAAGAGGAGGCGGCGCCGGUGGCUCAGGCGAAAGAGGGGAACUACUGGAACAGGAGGAGGAAGAGGAAGAUGAUUCUGAAGGCAAUUCUGAAUACGAGGAAUCGGACGGGUACGAUGAUGAUGAUGCCUCGGAGGAUGGAUCCGAAGCGGAAGAAGGGGAGGAUGAUACUGAAGAUGAGAACCCCCAAGAAACGAAGACGGUGGCCCCCCACAAAGCCACCGGGGGAAAUCAAAAGUCGCCGCAACACACCCGGAAAAACGGCGUUGAAAAGGUCUAUCAGACCGCCAACGGCGUGCACGCCGAUUAGGCUCGGGGAGGCCAGCUCAUAUCCCCGAACCUCCUCUCAUCGCAAUUGCUCCUUCUUUUCUGCUCUUGGACUCAUUGAAAAAGCGACAUGUGCCGGAGAAGAGAGAUAGCACGGUAUACUAUGCAUCACCAUCCAGCCUACCCACCUUUUACUCGGUAUAUAUGGGAAAGCGGUGUAUUUGGCCUCAUACUACCCCGUCUUUCGUUUCCUGUUUAACUUUUCUUCGCAAUCUCUCCCCAAUUAUGUCUCAACCACAGAAAUACCGAAUUCCUGCUUGCUUUCUUUUUUCAAAAAAAAAUGUACUCAACCGUCAGCCGUGUGUCCGCCUGCCAGUUACUAAGAAGAUGGCGAGUUGCUGUAUUGUCACAAGCUGGGUUAUGAUACUUUUUUCGGGCGAUAGCCAUGCUGUGGAAUUACACGUUUAGAAAAUAGCUUAUACUGUACUGCAGGUGAGUGAUAGACACAGUUCCACCGCAGUACAAUUGAUCACUAUUCUGCGUUUCUUUCAAAAAAAAAAAUCCAAAACCGGUAGUGUAAAUACUCCGUUUGUGCGGAUUGCAGGGGGGGGGGGGUUUAAAAAAAAGGAGGCUGAAAAAGCUAUCUUUAUUUAUUUUCAGUUACUCCACGAGUACUGUUGAAUUCUCACGUAAACCCGGCACACAAACAAUCAACCAACUUAUCACCACCUUACCAUACAUGACUGGUCGAUACCAUUAAUUCUUUUUUAAUUUUUUCGAGGUUGGGACAGCAGCCAAGCGCAG